GCUCGGGAGUGAGUGAUUCGGUGCCUUCUCGGGCGAACAGCCGGAUCCAAGGGUCUGUUGCCGGGCGCCGUGCUUGCUCCUGCCCAUCCCCCCAAACCUUGGGCGUAUAAGUACUGGGCAAAGUGUCGAUGGUCGGCCACCUGGGUCACGCAUGACAGCUCAGUGGUGCCCUCCAACCUUGACCUCGACGACGACAAGCCGCCAUGAAGUUCUCCCUGGUAUCCCUCCUGGGCUAUGCCCUCUCGGUCGAGGGGCACGCCAUCUUCCAGAAAGUCUCCGUCAACGGAGCGGAUCAAGGCUCACUUACCGGCCUCCGCGCGCCGAACAACAACAACCCGGUGCAGGACGUCAGCAGCCAGAACAUGAUCUGCGGCCAGUCCGGGUCCAAGUCGAACACCGUCAUCAACGUCAAGGCCGGUGACCGGAUCGGCACAUGGUGGCAGCACGUCAUUGGGGGUGCGCAGUUCGCCGGCGACCCGGACAACCCGAUCGCCAAGUCGCACAAGGGCCCCGUGAUGGCCUACCUUGCCAAGGUAGACAACGCCGCAACGGCGAGCCAGACCGGCCUCAAGUGGUUUAAGAUCUGGCAAGACGGGUUCGAUACCGGCAGCAGGAAAUGGGGUGUCGACAACUUGAUCAGCAACAAUGGCUGGGUGUACUUCAACCUGCCGCAAUGCAUCGCUCCGGGCCACUAUCUCCUGCGCGUCGAGGUUCUGGCUCUCCAUUCCGCUAGCAACCGGGGCCAGGCGCAGUUUUACCAGUCUUGCGCCCAGAUCAACGUCUCUGGUUCCGGAUCGUUCACGCCCUCGCAGACCGUCAGCUUCCCGGGCGCGUACAGCGCCAGCGACCCCAGCAUCCUCAUCAGCAUUUACGGCGCGGCGGGCCAGCCUGACAAUGGUGGCAAGCCUUACAAUCCUCCCGGCCCGGCCCCGAUCAGCUGCUGAGCUCUCGAAGGUCUUGAGAGCAUCCGGGCGCCUGUUUGGUUAUUCGGCGGGAAUGAAGUUGGGGACUCAGGGGC